UCACUUUAUUUAGCUGUUCUUGCAUGUAGCUCCCAACUUUGCACUGCUUCAGUUAGCGGAGCAUUUAUUUUUGAAUCAGCUGCAUUUGUUAAGACUGUAACAACGAAAGGCAUUUCCUGAGAGGCUGCAAGGAUGAGCAGCAAGAAAGAACAACAGCUAAGGAAAUACGGGACCCUAGUAGUGCUUUUUAUCUUCCAAGUUCAGAUUUUUGGUUUUGAUGUUGACAAUCGACCUACAACAGAUGUCUGCUCGACACACACAAUUUUACCUGGACCAAAAGGGGAUGAAGGAGAAAAAGGAGAUAGAGGAGAAGUGGGGAAACAAGGGAAGGUUGGACCAAAAGGACCAAAAGGAAACAAAGGACCUGUGGGGGAUAUUGGUGACCAGGGAAUGCUUGGGAAAAUCGGUCCAAUUGGUGGAAAGGGUGACAAAGGAGCUAAAGGCUUAUCGGGGGUUUCUGGAAAAAAGGGAAAAGCAGGCACGGUCUGCGACUGUGGAAGAUACCGCAGAGUUGUUGGACAAAUGACUAUCAAUGUUGCUCGACUUAACACAUCCAUCAAGUUCCUAAAGAACGUUAUAGCAGGUAUCAGGGAGACAGACGAGAAAUUCUAUUACAUUGUGAAAGAAGAGAAGAAUUAUAGAGAAGCCUUGAUCCACUGCAGGGACAGAGGAGGAACACUGGCCAUGCCUAAAGAUGAGGCAACCAACGCCCUGAUUGCUGACUACAUCUCCAGCAGCGGCCUCUUCCGAGCCUUCAUUGGCCUGAACGACAUGGAAAAAGAAGGACAGUUUGUGUAUGCAGACAACAGCCCAAUGCAGAACUACAGUAACUGGAAGGAAGGAGAGCCUCAUGACCCAGCUGGCCGCGAGGACUGCGUGGAAAUGCUCAGCACGGGAGAGUGGAAUGACUCUGAGUGCCAAGUUACCAUCUACUUCGUCUGUGAAUUCCUCAAGAAGAGGAAAUAAAAGUGCCACAGAAUGUGCCUGGCACCUGCUGUACAUACAACACCUCCUCGUUCAUGCACUGUAGGGAGAGCAGACAACCAAGUACAGGGCUCAAUCACUUGAGCCCCUCAAUCACAAGUACAGGGCUUCACCUCACCGAGUUAAGCAAGAGUGAUUACUGUUAAGAUGGUAGUGACCAUAAAGUCAGCACAGGUCUGCAGGGGGCAUCCAGACAGUUGUGAAUUUUUAUUUCAUUUCUGUGUGUAAUUUUGGGUGGGCAUGUCUAUGUGUAAUUUAGGGGCAAAUUCAGAGCACGUAGAGGUGAAUAAGAUUUCACUAAUGCCAGAAAUAGUAAACUCACUGGUGUAUUA